UUUUUUUAUUUUCAAUAUGAGUGUCGCAACAGAAGGUGUAGAAGAAAUGUUAUUUGAAGGGGCUCAAGAAACAAGGCAAGCCUCCAAAAUUAUUCGGAUCUGCGCAAAAAUUGAUGAAUUAUUGGAGCAAGUGCAAAAAGAUGAUGUCGUUGAGAUCAACCUUCCUGAUGAACUAGGUAUGAACGAAGCUGAUGCACAUGUACUUGAAGCGAUACACUCGAUAUAUAUCGCUGACAGAAUCGGAAAUAAGUUACUUUUUAAAUACGAUGGGGUAGUAAAAAAACUAUUUAUCGCAGAAAGCAAUAUAACGUGUUGUGUUGGACGUACAGAACUUCAACCUGACGUUGGUAUUUGGAUUAUACCACCAACCCAGGCGCAAUGCAUAAAUCCAAUUGUUAAUCGAUGUCCACCUCCGGAUGUGUGGAUUGAGGUAUUUUUUGAUAGGGACCCAGAUCGGAGCAACGCGAUAAAUAGAAUUAAUCAUUGUAAGCGAUUCCGGAAUGGGAUUGAAUAUGUCGGAAUUGCUAUACCUGAAACCACUCGUCAGAACUCAAACCCUGCGCAAGCUUCAACUGCUGUAGUUCGACAAAACAACCGACCUAACCAACCUCCAUGUGGUAUUUAUUGGGAAAUCCACCAGUUUAUUUACAUAUACCUGGAACAACCAUCUUGUCCUUACGUGUGGUUGGACACUUGAUUUUAAUAUUGUGCUUAAUGUAAUUCCUUAAUGAUAGAUACUAUCUAAAACUUUUGCAUAUUAUCAUCUAUCUAAUCUAUCUAAUUAAAAAAAAUUGUCAUAUUUAGAUUACCCUGUAUAAAUAAUUUGAAUUGUGUAACAUUGAAAAGUGUGCGUUCGAUCUAUUUCGUAAUUAUCAUAUCAUAAUUAUAUCAUAAUUAACUGACUACGAUAACAAAUCUUUAAACUAAUACAUUUACAGUUAAUUAAAAUUUUAACU